CCAUUUUGAUCUGUUCUUCUUGUUCUUGGAAGGAACACGGCUCCAUUCUAUCUUGAACCUAACCAGAAAGAUAUCUAUGGCUUCGAGAACCAUCACCAAAGAUAUCAUCACUCUCCGGGGUUCUGCAGCUAUCGUCAGCGAGUUCUUCGGUUAUGCUGCAAACAGUAUUCUGUACAACCGUGGAGUUUAUCCGGAAGAAAGUUUCGCCAAGGUAAAGAAAUAUGGGCUCUCAAUGUUGCUAACUGAAGAUGAGGGUGUCAAAUCCUUCAUGUCCAACCUAACCGCCCAGUUAUCAGAAUGGCUAGAAGCAGGGCAGUUACAGAGAGUUGUUCUGGUGAUAAUGAGUAAGGCCACUUCUGAAGUACUGGAGAGAUGGAAUUUCAGUAUAGAGACUGACAAGGAGGUGGUUGAGAAAGGGGUUUCCAAGGAAAAAAGCGACAAGGAGAUCAUGAGAGAGAUUCAAGCCAUUAUGAGACAGAUAGCCUCCUGCAUUACUUACUUACCAUGCCUGGACGAACCCCGUGUUUUCGACGUUUUAGCCUAUACAGAUAAAGAAGUGGCAGUCCCAUUUACCUGGAUUGAGAGCGACCCCAAAUUGAUCAACAACCCACAAAUGGUGAAAUUGCAUUCUUUCGAUACCAAGAUACACAAGAUUGAUACCCUUGUCUCAUACAAGAACGAUGAAUGGGACGAAUAGAACUGAGUUCAUGUUUGUUUUUCGCUUAUUUUACUUUACAAUUUCUGUCAUUGGGAUGUAUGAGUGAGAAUUCUGUGAAUGAAUUAUUCACAUAUCAGGAUGAUGAUGAUGAUGAGAAUUUGUCAGUGUAGGACUUCUCUUGUUUUGUGGAUUUUAGAAAAGUAUCAAAGAAAUGAAAAGCCCUGUGA